AAGGAAGUUGGGAGGUAAAUAAUAAGUGGUGACUAGGCUCAUUUUCACUGAAAAUAUCUGAACAUUUAGUCAUUCGACAAGUAUUUGGUGGUUUGAUUCGUCUUUAUUUUACCUCAGAUACUUUCGAUUUCGCUUGAGACAUGUCUGACAACGCUGGAGACCGAGUAAACGGAGAGAUUCAAAGCUUUGACGACGAGAUGAGCGCAGCGGCGGCGGAGCUACAGAAAUACAAGGAUCUCAUGGAGUCUGCUGAUACUGAAAGAUCCAGAUUGCUGCUGGAAAAAGCAGAAGCAGACGAUGAAAAGAGAAAAGCCGAGGCAGAACUCAAGACAUUCAUGGAUAAUGAAGAAAAACUGACUGACAAAUUUAAUAUAGAUUUAAAAGAAGUACAGGAGGAGAUGAAGAGUCUUGAGCGAGUCAAUCAGGAUCUGAAGAGAGAACUUGAUGAUCUUCGAAAGAAGCUUCAUUUCAAGAGGGCCGAAAGUGACUCUCUGCAGCGGAAAUUCAAGAUACAAGCCAAAAUCCCAGUGAAACCAGUGAAGUUUACUCGUGGUCUUGAGACGGAUGAGGGAGAGGAGAGAGAUGAUCUCGUGGCAUCUGUAUUCACAGUCACACAAAGACCAUCGUUCCUCUUGAAGGGCGGCCAGGCUCUCAUCACGUUUGAGGAGGAGAAGGUGGCGGAGCAGAUCCUCAGACUGGCGAAGUGCUCGGUGACCUGUGACAAAGCCAAGAUGGAUAUAAAGCCAUACUCUUUAACUCUGGAUCCUUCUGUGAAGUUUGAGAUUCAUGUCAAGGUAUCCAAGAAGACCAUCAAGUUCCGCAACGCCCCGCCCACUUUACCUGAGGAGCGAAUGAGAGACCGGCUGGAGCUGUCCUUCUCUAGAGCCAGUCGAGGUGGAGGUGAAGUGGAAAAACUGGAGUACGACAAGAAUAACGGCACAGGCCGCGUUACCUUCGUCAACACCGGAGUUGCAGAGAAUCUGGUUCUCAGAGGGAAGUUUUGUGUUGACACCGGCAGCGACAUGGUGGUUGACGUGUUUCCUCUGUAUGACUACCAGCUCAAGAAAUUUCAAACGUACUCGGGGGCCCCGAAUCGCACCGUGCUGCUGGGGGGAAUUCAGGGGCUGAUGGAUGAAGAAGAUCUUCAGGACCAUCUAGAAAUCCACUUCCAGAAGCCUAGUAACUAUGGAGGAGAGGUUGAGAACAUACAAUAUGUUCCUGAUGGAAAGGAGCUGACGGCGUUCUUCAGCGAGGACGACAACAAAAAGGACAACUGAGGGCCAAAUGUUGUUUUCAGUACUCUAAUAAUCUUCUUCCUCAGUGUUUCUGUCUUGUUUUCCAGUACAAAUAUUUAAACAUUCUUACAUCAAGAUACAUUUAUUGAAGAAGCAAAAUGACUCGAGUUUUCUAAAAUACAAUUAUGACUGGAACAGAAAAAGUUUAUUAAGUAGGUUAAGAGUCUAUAAAUUACAUAAUGCAUUGUAAGAGCAUUGUAUUUGAACUAUAUUGAAAUAAAGUUUAUUAUAUCUA